AUGAGCUCUUCGAGAUCUUGCUCCAGAUACCUAGGCCUGUGCACCAUUCGAGUAUACGCACUAUUGACAUGCCAACUGUACCUGGUGUCGACGGCUAACUUUGACAAUCCUGUCAUCUUCUGGUCGGCGGGUCCCCUCUGCACCACUAUACGGGCCAAAAGCGACGCUACACGACUGGCAAUGGCUUGGGGCACUGUGCUGCUGUACGACAUCCUCAUCUUCUUUUUGACCGCCUUACGAGCUUUUCGCGUGUGGAAUGCGGGCUCUGUUGUGCAUGUCAUCCUCCGAGACGGCGUUAUGUACUUCUGCGCCCUAACUGCUGCAAACGUCUUGAACAUCGUGAACUUCCUGGCUGCCCCACCACUGCUCAAGCCUGCCUUCGCGUCUCUCACCAACGUACUCUCCGUCACGUUCGUCUCGCGUCUCAUGCUUAACCUACGCUCGAACUCGAACUCCGAUCCAUCUCUCGAAGGGGAUAUGGAGCUCCAUCCUACGCAGGCAGAUCUCGACACCGUCAUCUUGGAUGUCGAAACGCACCGGUUUAUGGCCAGUAUGCUCAGCCCAGAAGGGUCAACUGGCUUGGACUCGCCUACCGGUGGCCCUGACUCUUGA